AGAGAGAGAGACAGAGACCAGCGGAGGACAAAAGAAAACGCAAGAUGAGAAUAUAGCGCAAACCUAAGAUAAAUAUAUUUCACAUCUGAAGAUAGUUUUCUCUUUUUGGGGUCAAGUUUUACUUUUGGAAAUCUUUUCAUUAAUAAUGAUUAUACAUAGUUAGUAGGUUAGGCAUAAGUCCGUUUUUAUACUUUUUGUACUUUGCUAUCGGUUUUAAGGAUUUUUUUUCACUAUUGGAAUGGUCUGAUUCAGGACAAUCUGCUAGGAAAAACUUAGACAAGAAAACUGUAAGAACGGAGCCUAGAGCAUUUUAGUGUCCCGAGUUCAGUACUCUCGCACAUUGAGGAAUGUUACCGAAACUCCAGUCGUUACCGCGGCUGCUGCCGCUCGCCCUCGCCCUCGCCAGCGUAUUUCUGGUGCAAAGCGGGACCAGUGACAAAGAAGUCAGACCAGAGGCAUGGCUCCAGCAGUAUGGGUAUCUUCCUCCUGGCGAUGUUCGGGCUCAGGCAAUCCGCUCUCCUAAAUCCAUCACCACUGCUAUAUCCGCCAUGCAGAAGUUCUAUGGCCUCACUGUCACCGGCACUAUGGAUCCAGCUACUCUCUCGGCCAUGAAGCGGCCAAGAUGCGGAGUUCCAGAUAAAUUUGGCUCUGAACUGAAGAGCAACCUACGAAAGAAGCGCUAUGUCAUCCAGGGCCUAAAAUGGGACAAAAGAGAAAUCACUUUCAGUAUCCAGAACUACACUCCUAAAGUGGGCGAACAUGCCACACAUGAGGCCAUCAGGAAGGCCUUCAAGGUCUGGGAAGCCGUGACGCCACUCCAGUUCCGAGAAAUCCCAUACAGUCAAAUCAAUGGCAAGGUGGACAAGUUUGCAGAUAUCAUGCUUUCCUUCGCGGAAGGCUUUCACGGAGACAGCACCCCAUUUGACGGCGAGGGAGGUUUCCUCGCCCACGCAUACUUCCCUGGUCACGGUAUCGGAGGUGAUACCCACUUUGACGCAGCAGAGCCUUGGACGACAGGCAACGUUGACCAGGGAGGUAAUGAUGUCUUCCUGGUGGCAGUGCAUGAAUUAGGUCAUGCUCUUGGUUUGGAACACUCAGGCGAUCCCUCUGCUAUCAUGGCUCCGUUUUACCAGUGGAUGGACACUGAGAACUUUGUACUGCCUGAUGAUGACAGACGGGGGAUCCAGCAAAUAUAUGGUGCUGGCUCCAGUGAGGUGCCCCAACCCCCAGCACCCCGGCCCCCCACUCGCAGGCCAGACCGGCCUUCCUUUGGCCCUGACAUAUGUGAGGGACACUUCGACACCAUCGCUUUCCUCAGGGGAGAGAUGUUCGUCUUCAAGGAAAAGUGGUUCUGGAGAAUGCGUGAUGGUAAACCUCAGCAGGGCUAUCCCAUGCCCAUUGGACACUUCUGGAAGGGACUGCCUCCCUCUAUCAACGCAGCUUACGAACACUCUGAUGGAAAGUUUGUUUUCUUCAAAGGGGACAAAUAUUGGGUUUUCAAUGAGGCCAAAAUGGAGGAAGGUUAUCCAAAAACUUUCAAGGAGCUUGGCACAGGCUUACCAAGAGACAAGCUGGACGCCGCUGUUUUCUACACACCCACCGGCAACACCUACUUCUUCAGAGGAACCCAGUAUUACCGGUUCAAUGAGAAAAGCAGAUCUGUGGAUCCAGAUUACCCCAAACCCAUCAGUGUAUGGCAAGGAGUACCAGAUAAUAUCAAAGGGGCCUUCAUGAGCGAAGAUGGAGCCUACAUGGCAGCCAUGUCUGGUUCUGGUCACUGUGAUUUUGCCAAGUAA